AUGAGUGGACCAGUUGUGAACAUACGUAAUAGAUGUAACAGGAGGUGUAAGUGUAAAGGAGGAAGACAAUUGACCACUUUGGUUAGAAUUAUAAAAGAAAUUCCAGAAUUUGGAUAUUGUACUCAUGAAGCUAAUGGAACUUCUAAGAUCUCAAAUGCUACUUGGAAGGGCGUAGAACUUGACAGAGUGGGUGGAGGUCUUCACCCAUUUGAGGAUUCCGCUUCGAUUACUGUUUACUAUCACUUCGUGCUAGAUGGUAAACAGGCUUCUAUAAACAAACCUCUUCUCAUAAGAUCUAUAGACUCCAGGAAACAAACACAUUGGUUUGAGAAUGUCGGUCAUUAUGCCAAUAAAAAAUGGAAAAGGAUUGAUAAAGAAGCAGAAUUUGAGAAAUAUCCUACAGAAGAUAAUUAUGCUCAAGUUGGAAAAUUUGAGGAAAAGCUAAAGGCGAUUGCAUGUAGAUUGUUCGCAUCUCAUGGAAUAUAUAUUUCUCAUGACAAAGAAUACGCUCUAAGUUGUCCAAUAUGUAAUCGACCAGUUAAUGUCAUAGUUAAAAAUUACAAUUCUGAAUUACUUGGAUAUACAAAGUAUGAAUACAGUGGUGAUAUUUCGGAUAAGUCCAUACUAGUAUACAAAGAGAACCAAAUUACUUACAGGAGACAAAACAAAGGUUUCCCAGGUUAUUACCUCCCUAUCCAACUUGAGGAAGAAAAUGUUGAUAAAGUCUCUGUCUACUACUGGAGGGAAGAUAAACAGCAAGAAAAUCCUCUCUUACUACGAAUAGAACUUGAUAGCGGAAUAUCAUACUGGCUUGAGAAUAUCAGUAAAGGUGAGAAAGAUGGAAGUUAUAAACAUGAAAAAUGGAAUCCUAUAGAGUAUGCAGUAUCUAAAACUUUCUCUACUGAUACAAAUGGCCUCAAGAAAAGACUCGAUGCCCUCAAUUGCAUUUACAAUAAGGUCGUUCAGAUAAACGUUGGGAAAUCAGAUUGCCAUAAUACAAAGCAUUAUGUACACAAGGAUAGAAUUUAUUAUUCAUAUGGAGAAGAAUUUGGGACAUUUCCCGUCCUUUACUCGUAUAAGUAUUUACAUACUGCAGGUACUAGAGAAUCCUUGAACAUAUCAGAAAUUAGUGUAGAUGGCCAACAGCAGAAAUUUGAGAAUGGGUUACCUUUUAAGGAUAUCACAAGACUUACUAUAUAUGUAUCUCCAUGCUCUUUGAAUAUCCCAUUUCUAAUUUGUGUAAAGUACAAUAAUAACACUCGUUACGAAUGGUAUGAAAGGACAGAUACAAACGGAAACUGGAAGAAGCACACUAAGUUAGAUAAACAAGCUCCUAAGAAGGAUAAGAGUGAUAUUUUAAGCGUAUUUAAUGCUUUGAUGAAUAAUUUAGGAAUAAAAGACUGUAAUGUACAGACAACUGCAUCAGGCAUAAAGCUUGAUAUUACUAAGACAGUCAAGGAAGGGAAGUUUUCUGAUACUUACAAUGAUACUUCUGGUGGCAGAAAAGUUCCAAUAUUUUUAGCUAAAUCAAGAGAGGAAAUUGUACUUGGGUUUUUCAAGAACUUUCACAGACCUGCUACUAAUGGUAAAACUUUUGUUGCAAAUAGGGAAUUGCAACUUGGAGGUGAAAUAGGAAGAGGAACAGGUGGAAAGAUACAGGGUAUAGAGGAUUUUCAUGUAUACUUUUGGGAUGGUGAACCUACCAACCCAAUCCUGAUUGGAAUUAAACAACAAAAUAGAGAUAGACCAAGGUACUAUGGAAAAUUUGCCCAAACUUGGAUGAAUGGACCAAUAGACACUCUCGAUGAACAACAAGCAUUAGACCACCAAAACUGUAUGGUGAACAAUGCAAUCCCUAUUGAUCUCAAGAAUCCAACUAGCUCAGGGCUAUUUCGAUCAGGAAAAAGGCAAUCUAGUUGUUUAAAGGAUGUAUUUAUAACGCAAAUUCAGCGAUCUACUAUUCUUCCAAAAGGAGCCAAUGAUUAUAACACAGACGCUUAUCAACUCUCAAAUAAUAAAAGAAUAUCUAGGGUUACUUAUGAUAAUGAACCUACAAAUAUUGUUCCUCCAUACGAUGAAAAGGAACCCACACUUAAUAUUUACUACUGGAACAAAGAUUUUGAGAAGGUACCAUUGCUUAUUGAGUUUAAACCUACUAAUGGAAAACCGUCAACUUGGUACGAGAAUCUUGGAAAAGAGAAAUAUAAGAAAUGGGAAAAUAUACAUGAAAAUGUACACAAAAUGUUUUAUAGUCAGGAUGACCAAAAUUAUCCCCAACUCAUUGAGGGAUUCACAGUGAAGUUAAAUGAAGUUAAUUGCGUAGUGAACCGAGUAGUCCAAUUAGACAUUUCACAAAAGAGUGGGAAAUACUGUCAUAGUGUCCAUUCCGGACAUAGCAAAAGAGUAAAAGUUUCUAAGGAGCAAGAUGAAAAAUAUAAAGGUUUCAUCGGAUAUGUGCAUGAAUCUGCGGUAACUAGCCAGGAUACAUUUUCAGUAUCAUCCAUAACAAAUAGUGCUGAUUUACAGAGUUCAGAUGUGCAUUUUCCUCUCAAUGUUUCAAGGGUUACAGUGUAUUUUCCAGAGUGCAAUCAGCAUGCUCCAGUUAUGAUGUACAUUCAAGAGAGUGGAGGAAUGGAAAAGUGGCUAAAAAGAACAAAGGAUAAUAAUAGAUGGGAAAACGCCACCACUGAAUUUAAUAAUAAAAACGGUGAUACAAACAAAAUCAAAAGGUUUUUAGAAACUAUAAGGGAUACAACAAAUGCAUGUAAUACUCCUCCUCCAAACCCACAUGUUUCAUAUUCUUUGAGACUACCUACUUCAUUACCAGCUCCUGUAAAGGAUAUGGACGAUAAAUUAAGUUUAAAUAAUAUCUUUGAUGGCAUAAAAGAUAUAGAUAUAGAGGAAUUUAUGCUAACACAAGAUGAAUAUGAAGAUGACGAAGUUAUAGAGGAACAGGUAAAACAUACCCUUGUUACUAUUUCUCCUCUAUCCAUUCCUGUUGUGGCCCUUCCUGGUCCCAUAGGUGUAGCUGCUACUCAGAUAACAUCUCCUAGUAUCACCAUUGAUAUAAGUCAGAAGCCUCCUGGUAAUGGAGCAGAGUUAACUUAUACACUAAAAGGUAGUACUGGAAAAGUUUACUUAGAGAAAGGAGAGUAUCCAUAUGAUUCAGGUUUUGAUAUGUUUACACACGAAGCAUUAGCUGGACAACCUUUUACGGUUGAGAAGGUGAUGUUUGGAAAAGAAGGCGAAAUUGGAGAUUUAAGACCAGAAAACGAAAAACCCAUUACUAGUUACUCUGUAUGGUACUGGAAAGAGGAUAAUGGGAUGAGUAAGCCUCUUCUUGUAGAGACAGCUAAUGAAUAUGGGACAUAUACCUACAGACAUAGCAAAGAUUGGAAGAGUUGGAACGCUCCUCAUCACAAAUACGACCCACUAGAAGGUGAGAAGCUUGAAACCGAACUGGAUGACCUUAACUGUCAGCUUAACUAUGGAGUUACCAUGGAUAUAUCUUAUGAGAAGUAUAAGGAAGGAAAUUAUUGUUGUAAGAAUCAUAGUAAUAAAAAGGUUACAGUUAAGAAUAAUUCCAUAAGUUCAAAUGGUUCAAAACAUAUACAAUACCACACUCACUCCAUAUCAAAUGAUGGAGAUAAACUUGCUAAGAUUAAGUACUAUCUUCAUGUGGACGUCAAUAAGUUGAAUAAAGAAAGAAAGCGUGUAAUUACCAAAGGAUUAGAUUUCCCUAUUGACUCUCCAGUGAACGUUUAUGUAUUCUACUGUAAUCAGAAUCCAGCAUUAAUAUAUAUUAAAAAGAAUGGUCGAAAUGGAGCUGAUAAGUGGUACAAAAGGAAAGAUAAGAACGAUCAUAUCAGUAGAUGGGAAGAAGUAUCUGGUCAACUCAAUGAUAUAACAUCUACAGAUUUAGUUAAUCUUGAUUGUCAGAAACAGAGAAAGCUAGUUGAUGUACUAAAAACAGUUGGGUGUCUUAACUUGGAGGAAUGCUCUGGUGCACCCACUGUUAGUGGUCCUCAGAGCACUUCGGUAAAUGUUGUUUCUGCUCCACAAGAUCCUGAGGUAACAAUCAAGUUCUCACAAAAGACAUUGAGUCCAUAUUUAAAUAAUAACAAAGUGAUAAAGAUCACAGGAUCUCCCUAUCCUGGCGAUGGAUCUGACUUCCUAAAGUAUGAAUAUGUUCUUCUCCCUAAGGAAAAAUUCACACUUGUAAAAAUAGAAGAUGAAAGUGGUAAUAAUCUUCUAAAGAGAACCACAACAAAGGAGGUAAUCUCAGUUUCUGGUUAUUACUGGAAUGGAAAGCUUGGUAAGGCUCUUCUGGUUGGGGUUGCUACUAAAGAUGGUAAAACAAAAUAUUAUAGAAACAGUAAAGGGAACACAUGGGAAUCUUAUCCUAAAAUAGAAUCUGACAAAGAACCUACUAAGGAGGAGUUAGACUUUCUCAAUUGUGAGAUUAACGAUGUCGUUCAAAUAGAUGUUAGUAAGACUUCUGAUUACUGCCAUAAUGGACACAAGGAUGGUUAUAAGAAAAUCUCUGUAAAGGAAGUAAAUUAUAGUGAUCGACUUGGAAACUAUACUGCUUAUGAACAUAGUCCAACUUCAGGGAGGCUCAACAUAUCUGGAUUUAAAAAUGGUCAAGAUAGUAUAAAGCUAGAUAUUUUACCAGUACCUAUUAAGGAUGCUGAGAAGGUCGUUGUUUAUUUCUGCAAAGCUAAUCUUGGAGAUCCUCUACUAAUCUAUGUACCAGAUAGUAAGAAUGCAAAGAGAUGGUUUAAGAAGUCAGAUCCUGGUGAGAAUUGCACAAAAUGGGAAUUUACAUACGGUUUGCAUGAUAAAAGGGACACUGACCAUAUUUCCAUACUAAACUUCUUGGAUACUCUUGAAAGUAGAUGUAAACCACCGCUUGUCACCGUGGAUAUUUAUCAGAGAGGAUAUCCCAAUUAUAGGAACUUUAUUUACGAAGAUACAAAUGUUCAGCCAGAUAAACAUAACAUAUUAGUUAUACCAAAUUCUAACCCACCAGGUGUACAGGGCUUCACUGGAUAUAAACAUACUGUGGAGUAUAGGUAUACGUACUUCACCGUAAAUGGUUUUAAAUAUAAUUUGACAGGGGCCACUAACUUUGGACUAUUACCCACCAACUACGUUACCUGUGUUUAUGUCUUCUACUAUACACCUCUGGACAGACAACCUAGGAAAGGUGAUAAUAGGGGCAGACCCCUUCUCAUCAAGAUUGUAACCAUAGAGCCUACUUCAAAAACAAGGAAGGAAGAAUACUAUGAGAACAAAAGUUUAGAUUAUGAUAAAAAUGAUAAAUGGGGGAAAUGGAGUCCUACGUUAAAUCCUGUAGAUUCAGGUGUUCUCCAAAGAAAGCUCCAUCUCCUAAACUGCAAGCUAAACAAUGCAGUUGUUAUAGAUGUUAGCAAGCAGGUUAAUUACGAUGCUUGUGAGAAAAAUACUUUGGAUGAUAAUCAUGGUGAAAGAAUGGAAGUUAAGAAGGAGGAUCAUAACGCCUCUCUGGGAAAUUACAGCAUUUACACUCACAAGCUAAAAGACGGUUUAUCUGGAAAGUUUCAUGUAACAGAUUUUUUUAAUGGUGGACAAAAUUCAUUACAUGUCGGAGGAACUCCUGACAUCCCAAUUCUUGACGUGAGUGAGGUUAAAGUAUAUAGGUGUGAUAAGGAUGGGAAGUCUCUUUUGACAUCUCUAAUUAGCCUGCCCUAG